AUGCGCGUUCCUCUCGAGAUCACGCUCAAGUUCGUGAUCGCCGACCAGUUCAAGGUCAUGUUCACGCCGGAGUCCGGAUCGGACGCCUUCUGGGUCCCCUUCGCGUCCGGAGCGAUCUCCGCGGCGAUCCGCACGUUGUCGUUGUAUCCCCUGGACCUGGCCAGGACGCGCCUGGCCGCGGACUCGGCGCCCCGCGGGCGCCACGGUCUCUACCGCGGCGUCUGGGACUCGCUCGAGAUCGCGUACGUCCGCGAGGGCCUGCGAGGGUGGUACAAGGGGCUGGGCCUCUCCCUGGCGUGGGGCGUACCCCACUUCGGGCUCACGUUCGGCGUGUACGAGCAUGUGGACACCUACCUGCCGAACAAGAGGGAAGGCGCCAAGCUGUGGUGGUUCCCGGCAGCGAAGAUCUCCGCCGCCGCGGCCUCGAGCGUGGCGGCGACGCUGGCGCUCUACCCGCUGGACACGCUGCGCCGCCGGGCGCAGGUCCGCGGGUCCCUGGGCUUCAUCGACAACGCGCGGCUCAUGACCGGCGGCUGGCAGAGUCUGUGGCGCGGCGCGUCCCUGCACGUCCUCCGGGCGGGACCUGCCGCGCUGCUGCAGUUCACCCUUUACGACCUCGUGCGCUCUGCGCUGCUGGCGCAGUUCCCCUCCGCGUCGUCCACGCCGCUGUAG